UCCCUCCGCGCUAACUUUCCCGAGCCCCAACCUCGGCGCAGAGCUCCAGGCAGCUGCGGGGCCGAUUCCCGACCCCUGGCGGAGAGAGCGGCGGUGCCCAGUACCCUGUCCCCGAGCUCCGCAGAGAACAGGACGAUGUCCGGGGCUGGGGACCGAGGCAAAGCCCUGGCGAGAUGGCUGGGCACUGGGCUUUUGGGUCUCUUCCUGCUUCCCAUGUCCUUGUCGUUGGAGGUGUCUGUGGGGAAGGCCACCACCAUCUACGCUGUCAACGGCACUGAGAUUCUGCUGCCCUGUACCUUCUCUAGUUGCUUUGGCUUCGAGGACCUCCACUUCUGGUGGUCCUACAAUAACAGUGACACUUCCAGAAUUCUCAUAGAUGGGACUGUGAAGAAUGAGAAGUCUGAUCCCAAGCUGAAGUUAAAAGACGAUGACCGAAUCACUCUGGUGGGCACCACGAAGGAGAAGCAGAACAAUAUAUCAAUCCUGCUGAGGGACCUGGAGUUCAGUGACUCGGGGAAAUACACCUGUCAUGUGAAGAACCCCAAGGAGAAGGACCUCGAGCACCAGGCUACCAUCAUCCUCCAAGUCGUUGAUAAACUGGAGAAAGUGGACAAUACGGUGACACUCAUCAUCCUGAGUGUGGUGGGCGGGGUCAUCGGCCUCCUGGUCUUCAUUCUGCUGCUGAAGAAGUUCAUUGCCUUCAUCCUCAAGAAGACACGUGAGAAGAAGAAAGAGUGUCUUGUGAGUUCCUCAGGGAAUGACAACACAGAGAACGGCUUGCCAGGCUCUAAGGCAGAAGAGAAGCCACCCACCAAAGUGUGAGGCCCUGCUUUGGGCCAGGCAGCACAGGGAGCCUCGCUUUCUGCCCAUGACACUGAUGCUUGAGCCCUGUCUGUAGAAUCCAUGUGCCUGAGACAUCUUCUGCUUGGCUCGAACUGUAGUCUUUCUGGGCAGGGAGAAACUGGGGUCCUGUCUGGCCGGCCCCACCCCCCUCUCCAGCUAGGACUUCCCAGGGACAAGGGCUGACCAGGGGAUGGGGCCUAUGGGGGUCAGAGAGAGAAAGGAGGGUUUGAGAUGGUGUUGAGGGGCUGGUUCCCCAACACCUGGAAAGUAGAGUUUGCUUAGGCUCCCCAUCCUGAGUGAGCCCAGCCUUGGUUUUCCUUCUGUUUUAUCUGCAAGAGGGACUUUGGGGGUCAGUGGGGAUUGCUCAACAAGCUGGACCCUGGAGCUGCAUGAAGGAAGAGCCUUAUGUGGGGAAGGAAAUUUCUUUGGUGGUGAGAAGUGUGUUAGAAGGUCCAGGAGAAGACUUGGGGCAGGAGGGCAGGAGGGGCAAUACAGUAGGUGGCAAGCUGGGCUUUGUAAGACAACUGGUAUACCAUAGUCCCUCAAAUGAGGCCUCUACCUUGUCGCAUCUCCCUGCCUCCUUCUCUGAGUUCCUAAGCCAUCCUUCCCAGGUAGGCCUGGCUGCCUUGGUUUUGAGAGAUCCCUGCCCACCAUGUCAACCCUUCUGCCUCUGGGUUGCUGAGGGGCUCAUGGAGGGGCCCCUCGAUCCUUUAUGGAUCCCCGGGGUGCCGCCUAUGGCUUUCCUAGGAUUUCAUCUUGGGGAGUGGGACCGCAGAGGUGGGUAUACCAGCAUGCUCACCCCAUGCCUCCAGUGCUGGAAGUCCUUGUACUUGACCUUGCAGGCCCAUUGACAUUCAGUCCACUCCUGAGUUUGGCUUCUCUGCUCUUCCUCUUCCCUUGAAACACCAGGGGGUGUCAUCUUGUUGGAGGGAUUGCAGCCUCUUCAUUCCCAUUCCCCACCCCCUGCUCCCAUUGGCUUGUUCUUCUGGUGCCCCUCUACCACACCUUUGCCCCUGCACCUGGGGUCAUGUGUCCCCCAGCCCUGGGUUUGCCUUUGCCUCAGGGACCGUCUUUCUUAGAUGAGAGAGCCCUCAGGUUUUCUAGCUGCUUCCUGCUCAGCAGGCUCCCCUUUGUUAUUCUGGGUUUUUGGAGGAGCAGGGAGAAGGGACCCACAUUUUUCCUGUGCUUGCUGCAGACCUGGUUUGUACACCCCUUGAGUGUGGGGCUAGACCGUGCCUUAGCUCCUUUAGUCCCAGCUUGAGUCUCUCCCUCCAUUUCCAACCCAUCAUCCCUGACCUAACUGUGCAAUGUGAUGUGGCAGGGGUUCCCCAGCCAUCCCCUUCCCAAGGUUGUGGAGGAGGCCAUGGAGUUGUGUUAUUGACAGCUCCUUGGCCAGGGACUGAGACUAGGAGUGAGAAGACUCUGCCAAGUGCUUCCAUCUGGGACCCUGACAGGGAGGUGUGAGAGUGUUGGAAGUGGGGCCUCCUGAUGGGUCUAAUUAUGUGGGUCUGCGUGGCAUGGAUGUAGGAGAUGCGGUGACCCAGUGUCUACUGUCUGCUCUGUGCCUCGUGUCCUUAUAGGAUUUCCUACAGGACAUUGUCCCCUGAGAACCAAGGAUGGAUGGAGAGGAAAAGCCUCCUUUUCCAGAGGGUGGGGGGCUGCUACCCUCUGCAUCCAGAUGCAGCUUCCCCUUCUCUAAGGAUGGAAGUUGGGGGAGUCUGAGGAACAGCAACAUCUGCGUGUCGUCAUGGCUGAGGCUAUGUUCCCUGCUCAAGUUGGUGGGCUCGCAAAUCCCUUCUCCAGUCUGCCCCCUCCCCUCCUGCUCUUCAUCCCAAAUCUAUCCUGGGCUGGAGUUCAGAUUUCCUUGGCUUUGGGAGCAGAAAAACCAGAGCCCCCAGCCAUUCGGAGACCUUGUAGCUGCCUUUAUGCAAACCUGCUUUCCUUUCCCUUCUCCCUGUCAACAGUUGCAGAGACAGAGAGCUGCAGGGCUCCUCUUACUCUAGCGAGCACUCCCCAAGGACUCCCUCCUUACAGAGGAAGGGCGUUAUCCUCUUCUCUUCCUCACUGGGAAGAGGUGGGCCAUGCAGCAUCUCUGGGCUCAGCUUUUGCCAUCCAGCCAAAGGGUAUACUAAUACUUACCUACCUCACCUGGCUGUCGUGAGGCUUGGCGAGUUUAUUUCUUUUUCUUUUUUUUAAAUUUUGGCUUGGAAAAGAAUCUAGGAAGCAGGGUUUAUAGUUGAAGAGAUUGUUCCCAGUUGGCUGGAUCCUCAUCUCUGUAUCUUAUCCUUCCAGAACACAUACACGCAUGCACGCAUGCACUUCCUGUGUUUCCUUUUUGGAAUUCCUUAGUCUUUGCAACGUUAAAACUCUUGACUCCAACUCAUGCUUACAGCUUCUUGUUCACGGCUCUUGUUUGGAGGUUUUCAGAAGAGGUGAUUUGAACUGCACAGGGGGUAGUUUUGGCUGUUAUGAUGCCUUUAGCUUUAGUGUGUGGAAACUAAGAGUAGGGAACUUGGUUCUCACAACCAAGAAUGUCCUGCCCGAUGCCAGCAUCAUGGAAAACUGUUGGCAAGGAUUUGCAAUGGGUUGUAUAAUUGACAAAGCCAUUUCCCCCAAGCAGACUCUUUGAGGAUGCCAGUCUUUGCUGGCAGUCUCCAACAUGGGGAGGAAGUUCUGAGAGUUGUUGGACUCAGGAGGGCCAAUUCUAGGGUUGAUCGUGGGAGCUGAGCACACAUAGCUGCCCUGAGAAUGACACCAGUGAGACCAAGGACAAAGUUCAGAGCCCCUCGUUCUUGACCUCAAAGUAGAAUGUCUGUGUUUGAGGUUGAGGAUUUCUCCCUCUGUAGGAACUGAGCAGCAGGCAGCCAGAAUGAACCUGUAAUGCUAGAGGCCUCGGGGAGGGACUGAUGGGGCGGAGACUUUCUUUUCAUCUGGCUGGCCAAUCCUCGUGGAGCCAGGGGUAUGAGGGGCAUGAAGAGGUGAGCAUGUGCUGUGUGGAGCUGUGUGGUGUGUGCCUGUGGACACGCGUGCCAGGUGCAGGGCUGUGACUGUGCAGUGCGGCUUUCAUGAUGGGGAGAGGCACAUCUCAGGAGCCAUCUUCCCUGGCUUGAACCAUAGAGUGAGGGAGGACAAGAGACAGAGCGGAAGGCAGGCCAUGUUACAGGAUCCAUCUCACCAUUAUAGACAGCUACCAUUGGAGGGCUGGGGAGAGAAAGUGCCAUGAGGUGGGACUUCUGGGGAAAGUCCCGUAGCUUGCCUCACCUUGCUUUGUCCCAGGUUGGAGUCCCUGCCUUCCCACCUCCUACCUGAUAUGCAAUGCUUUUCAUUAUCUUAUAUAUGGUUUAGCCCUCUGGCUUGGACGACAUAUCUGUAGUCAAUUUUCCUGUAUAACUAUUAGAUCAAUGAUAUAGUGAUGGGCCUUAGGGGGCCUCAGGUCUUUGGGUGCCUCUGGGAGGUACAGAUGUGCACACACCUAGCAGUGACCUAUAUUCAAGCACAGAAUGGAUGUGAGCAAACUAUCUUGCCUCUACAACAUGUUUUGCAUUGUAGAAUUAUAUUUAGCUUGCUAUGGAUGAAAUAAAAAUUAUGUUUAAUAA